AUGAGUGUUAUCACUUUAAAUUUUGGCCAAUGCGGCAACCAAAUAGGCCAAACACUCUACACAACUCUAGAAGAAGAUAUCACAUUAAAAACGACCAACUCGCAACAUUAUUGCCAGUCUCUGGCUAAAUGGUUCAAUGUAGACUCCAAGGGACGCUGGAAAGCUCGCUCUAUACUUGUCGAUACUGAAUCGAAAGUUAUAAAAGAUAUAAAAAAAUCAUGGUUCGAAAAUAUUAUUGUAAACCCUGUUGGUGGUUCGGCAAAUAAUUGGGCCUACGGUUAUGUGGAAAACAGUAGAUUAGUGGUUGGGCAAGUGUUAAAUUUGGUACGCAAAGAGCUGGAGAACUGCGAUUUUGUAACUUCAUUUUUGAAUUUCUACAGUCUGAGUGGAGGGACUGGUUCUGGAGUUGGAAGUUAUGUCAUUGAAAAACUGCGCAACGAAUAUCCAAAAAAUACUAUUGUUAAUUGUGCAGUUCUUCCUUAUGUGAAGGGAGAAAUAUCUACACAAGCUUAUAAUUGUUUAUUAAAUUUAUCCACAUUAUAUUCAAUAGGGGAUUGUACUGUACUAUUUGAAAACGAAAGAUUAUUGCAUUUAAGUAAAUACUCAUUAAAUCUCAACGCUGUAAACUAUUCAAAUAUUAAUUCUAUCAUUUCUCAGCAAGUAGCUUCAAUUUUUCAACCUUUAGGUACCGUAACUACUUCAUCAUUAUUACAAAAUCUUAUUUCGCACCCUCAGUUCAAAUUUCUACAAAUCAAAACAGAACCAAAUAUUUCAAACCAAAACUCUGCAUUUGAAACUCCUCAGCAAUGUACCGCUUUAAUGAAUAAUUUAUUGAGACAAUCUCGUUUCGAUCAUGCUCAAACCAAUAAAUAUUCACAUUUCAAAGUGAUAUCAAAAGCACUAAUCCAUCGCGGACUGGAAAAGGUACCAGAAUAUGAGUUAAAAUCAUUUAAAGAAACCAGAGACUUGGUAAAAUGGUUACCACAAGAAGAAAGUGUUCGAGUUUAUUCAGUGCCAGAACGCUUUUGUUAUUACCCCAACCAUUUAUCUGUGCUUUUUAAUGAUAAUAAUAUUUUAACGCCUUUAAAUGCGAUUGUGGAUGACGCUUGGACCUUGUUUACUCAUAGAGCGUAUCUUCAUCAUUAUAGCAAGUAUGGGCUCGAUGAAGAGUAUCUUUUGAAUUCUUUUCAGAUUAUGGAAAAUGUUUUAAAUAAUUAUAGAAUGAUUUAA